AUGGACCAGACAAGUGACUCCGUGUCCAUCCCGGGCCGGAGUACUUCAGCACAAGGCAGCGAACGGACGGUUUUCGAAAUAUCUACGGGCGGACCUACAAUGAGAGAAAAUACCCGCCAUGCCACGGCUAGUCAUGACCAAGCAAGUCAUCCUGCCACUGAACCAAAUGUCACGGGCCCUGACAGCGACACGGUGGACCCUGAACCCAACAGGAGAGACUCCCUUGUGCAAGACCUUGCUCGUCGUUAUACUCGAAAUUCUUCCGUGGCUAUUGACAGUGAUGCUCGAGGCAUAUUUGGCAACGAUGAUGCCGACUCCCCUCUCAACCCAAACGGGCACAAGUUCAAUGCCCGUACCUGGGCAAAGACGGUGGCGCAGGCGGCGACUGAAUCUGGUUCUGGAUUUCGCCACACAGGAUUCUCCUUCACCAACCUCAAUGUGUAUGGCUUUGGCCAAGAGACAGACUACCAGAAAGACGUCGGCAACAUAUGGCUGGUGGCAGGCGGCUUCCUGCGCGGCCUGAUGAGCAGGAUAGGCAGACGCAACAGCCGGGGCAAUGCGCAAAGGGUCGACAUCCUCCGCCGUCUCGACGGUGUCGUGAACCCGAGCGAGAUGCUCGUCGUUCUCGGCCCCCCCGGCGCCGGCUGCACCACCUUUCUCAAGAGCAUCUCGGGAGAAACAAACGGAAUCUACAUCGACGAGUCGGCCUCGUUCAACUACCAAGGCAUAUCAGCGCACGAGAUGCACUCCCAGCACAAAGGAGAGGCCAUCUACACGGCCGAAGUCGAUGUCCAUUUUCCCAUGUUGUCUGUCGGAGACACCCUGACCUUUGCAGCCCGCGCCAGACAGCCGCACAGCAUACCGCCCGGCGUAUCGCGAAGCCAAUUCUCCGCUCACUAUCGAGACGUCGUCAUGGCCAUGUACGGAAUCAGCCACACGGCGAACACGCGCGUGGGCAACGAGUACAUCCGCGGCGUGUCGGGCGGCGAAAGGAAGCGAGUGACGAUUGCCGAGGCCACGCUGUCCAGCGCGCCGCUCCAAUGCUGGGAUAAUUCCACCCGGGGGCUCGACUCGGCCAACGCCAUUGAGUUUUGCAAGACGCUGCGGCUGCAGUCGGACGUGUUUGGCCGGACCAGCGCCGUGUCCAUCUACCAGGCUCCCCAGAGCGCAUACGACCUCUUCGACAAGGUCCUCGUGCUCUACCAAGGCCGGCAAAUCUACUUUGGGUCAACGGGCCAAGCCAAGGCGUACUUUGUCCGUCUCGGCUUCGCCUGCCCCGACAGGCAGACGACGCCCGACUUCCUCACGUCCAUGACGGCCCCGUCGGAGCGAAUCGUCCAACCAGGCCACGAGAGCCGCGCGCCGCGAACCCCCGACGAAUUCGCCCGGUGCUGGCUGGAAAGCCCGGAAAGGAGAAUCUUGCUAGCAGAAAUUAACACGUUUAACCAGGCGCAUCCGCUGGGCGGCGCCGACGCCGACGCUUUUCGACAAAAUAAGCGGCAGCAGCAGGCCAAGAGGCAGCGGGCCAGGUCGCCCUUUAUCCUGUCGUACGCGGAGCAAGUCAAGCUGUGUCUCUGGCGAGGAUGGAGGCGUCUUGUGGGAGACCCGAGCCUGAGUAUUUUCGCCCUUGUUGCAAACUCGGUCACGGCGCUGAUUAUAUCGUCGCUGUUUUACGACUUGCAGCCCACGACGGCGAGCUUUUUCCAACGCGGCGCGCUGCUGUUCGUGGCGAUUCUGGCGAAUGCCUUUUCUAGCGCGCUCGAGAUCCUGACGCAGUAUGCGCAGCGGCCAAUUGUAGAGAAGCAUAACCGGUAUGGGUUCCAUCACCCGUCUGCCGAGGCGUUUUCGUCCGUCAUCGUCGACAUGCCCUACAAGAUUAUGAAUAGCGUCUUUUAUAACGUCAUUUUGUACUUCAUGACGAAUCUGAAUCGCACACCCGGUGCAUUCUUCUUCUUCUUCUUCGUCUCGUUUCUCAUGGUUCUUGCCAUGUCUGGCAUUUUCCGCUCCAUUGCCUCGCUCUCGCGGACUCUAUCGCAAGCCAUGGUCCCUGCGUCGGUACUGAUCCUCGCGCUCGUCAUAUUUACGGGCUUCGUCAUUCCCGUCGAUUACAUGCUCGGCUGGUGCCGAUGGAUCAACUACCUGGACCCCGUGGCCUACGGAUUCGAAGCGCUCAUGAUCAACGAGUUCAGCGGCCGGCAGUUCAAGUGCAACAGCUUUGUCCCCAGUGCCGACGUGGCCGGGUACGAGAAUAUCGCCGGGUCGAACAGGGCCUGCUCGGCGGUCGGGUCCGUCAUUGGGCAGGACUUUGUCGACGGCGACGCGUACAUCAACACGCUGUACAAGUACAGCCACGGCCACAAGUGGCGCAAUGUAGGCAUUUUGAUUGCCUUUAUCCUCUUCAACCACGUCGUCUACUUCCUGGCCACGGAGUAUAUAUCCGAGAAGAAGUCCAAGGGCGAGGUCUUGGUAUUCCGGAGAGGCCAACUGCCGCCGGCAUCCCCCCAAAAGGGAGACGUCGAAGGGAGCAAUUCUUCCCCCGCCAGGGUCACCGAAAAAUUUGGACAGUCUGUGCCCGAGGACGGGGGCGCUAUCCAGGCUUCCACGAGCGUUUUCCACUGGAGCAACGUCUGCUACGACGUCAAGAUCAAGGGAGAGCCCAGACGCAUCUUGGACCAUGUAGACGGCUGGGUCAAGCCGGGGACCCUGACGGCCCUCAUGGGCGUUUCGGGCGCCGGGAAAACCACCCUGCUCGACUGCCUCGCGGAUCGGAUAUCCGUGGGCGUCAUCACAGGCGAGAUGCUCAUCGACGGCAAAUUACGCGACUCUUCUUUCCAGCGAAAGACGGGCUACGUCCAGCAACAGGACCUUCAUCUCGAAACGACAACGGUGCGCGAAGCCCUCGAAUUCAGCGCGUUACUACGCCAGCCGGCGGCGACGCCCAGAGCCGAAAAGCUCGCCUACGUAGACGAGGUCAUCAAGCUGCUCGACAUGCAGCCCUACGCCGACGCCAUUGUCGGCACGCUAGGCGAGGGCCUCAAUGUCGAGCAGCGGAAGCGACUAACCAUCGGGGUCGAGCUGGCGGCCAGACCGCCGUUGCUUUUAUUCGUUGACGAGCCGACAUCGGGACUCGACUCGCAGACAUCGUGGGCGAUUCUUGAUCUUUUGGAAAAGCUCUCCCGGGCAGGGCAGUCCAUCCUCUGCACCAUCCACCAGCCGUCGGCGAUGCUCUUUCAGCGCUUCGACCGGCUGCUGUUUCUGGCCAAGGGCGGCCGAACAAUCUACUUUGGCGACAUUGGCGAGAGCUCCUCCGCCAUGACGUCCUACUUUGAGAGCAACGGCGCGCAUCCGUGUCCCCGCGGCGACAAUCCCGCCGAAUGGAUGCUGCAAGUGAUUGGCGCGGCGCCGGGUGCCGCCACCGAGAUCGACUGGCACGAGACGUGGCGGUCGAGCAAGGAGUUCCAGGACGUCCAGUCGGAGCUGCAGCGGCUGAAGACAACCGCCGCGGCGGACGAUGCCGUGUCGAAAAGGCAAAGUCGCGCGCUGUAUCGGGAAUUCGCCUCCCCGUUCUGGAGCCAACUGCUCGUCGUGUCGCGGCGCGUCUUUGAGCAAUACUGGCGCACGCCGUCGUACAUUUACUCCAAGUUUAUCCUGGGCACCUCAGUCUCCCUCUUCAUCGGGCUCGUGUUCCUCGACGCGCCGCUCAGCAUCCAAGGCCUCCAGAAUCAAAUGUUUGCCAUCUUCAACAUCCUCAGCAUCUUUGGCCAGCUGGUGCAGCAGCAGAUGCCGCACUUUGUCACGCAGCGCUCCCUGUACGAGGUGCGCGAGAGGCCCUCCAAGACCUACAGCUGGAAGGUCUUUAUGCUGUCGCAGGUGCUCGUCGAGAUUCCGUGGAACACGCUCAUGUCGGUCGUCAUGUUUGCGUGCGUCUACUACCCCGUCGGGUUCAACAACAACGCCAGCGCGGCGGACCAGACGGCCGAGCGCGGCGCGCUCAUGUGGUUGCUCUUUUGGCAGUUCCUCGUCUUCACGUGCACGUUUGCGCAUGCCUGCAUCGCCGUCAUGGACACGGCCGAGGGGGGCGGCAACAUUGCCAACGUGCUCUUCAUGAUGUGCCUGCUGUUUUGCGGCGUGCUGGCCACGCCGGACCGCAUGCCGGGCUUUUGGAUCUUCAUGUACCGCGUGUCGCCGUUUACGUACUGGGUCUCGGCGGUGCUGUCGACCGGCCUGGCCAACACGCGCGUGACGUGUAACGGCAACGAGCUGGUCGUCUUUGACGCGCCCGCCGGCCAGAGCUGCCGGGAAUACAUGGCUGCGUACCUGGACAGUCGGGGUGGCUAUCUUGCGGGCGGCGGUGCGUCGGGGCAGUGUCGGUACUGUCCUGUUUCCGACACCAAUGUCUUUUUGGCUGGCAUUAGCUCCGACUAUGGCCACCGCUGGCGAGACUUUGGGAUAGGCAUGGUGUAUAUUGUGUUUAAUAUCGCGGCUUCCCUGUUCCUUUACUGGCUGGUUCGGGUGCCGAAGCCAAAACGCAACAAGUGA